UGUAACAAUCGUAAAUUGUCAAUACAAAUGCUCUUUUCCCUUUAAUUAUACUAACCUGUGUGUGGUUUUGGCUGUUGUUUAUUACUAUUAUUACGCUAACAUGUUAACUUAUAAAGCACUGAGCGAUGAUGUAGUUAUUACAUCCGCACUCGACUGCUAGCCCGUAGUUUAGUUGUUACGUCUGAACUUGUCUGGCUCAGUUAUUAUUAUCAUUAAACACUAAUGUUAACGACAUAGACAGAUUGUAUUGGUAAUAUUCUUGCUUCAGUCUUUGCAUUCAUAAUAAUGAGCUACCUGUGGUUAGCAUAUCUAUGUUGUCAAUAAAAGAACAGAGGAUGUGAAAGGAUUUGAAGAUAAACGUGAGGAAGUUUUUUAAUUGUGAUAACUUCAAUUGCUUUGGUAAUAUGUUUGUUUUUACAGGGCAAAAUUUAGUAGCAUCAGACCCACGUGUUUUUCAAAUAGUUUCAUAAUUAUACAUUGCACACUUUCGUUUAGCAUGAAUAGCACUACGGUCAGCUGCUGGUUUGGGGACGUUUUGUAUUAUCUAUCAAGUUUGUUUUUUUAUUUUUUUGAUCAGAGUACGAGAUUAUAUUUUUUAAAAGCUGUUUAUAGGUAAUUUAUGAAUUAGGUUUUUAUAUGUUUACAUCAAAAUAGUCCAGACAUACGCUUGAAUAUCUGGAUGUUUGACAAAUAAGGACUUUAGAAAUGAAGAAUAUGUAUUAACCAUUUACAAGUUUUCUAUUAUGUUGAUUAACAAAAAUAGUCUAUUCUUGUCUUUUGGGUGAAAUGUAUCUCAAGACACCAAAUGUCUUGAGAUAUUUGAAUGUUGGCAGUCUUGUUUGACUUACACUUAGAAAUAUGAGAAACAGGCUCAGUUACAUGCUUAUGACUCACACUCAGGUAUCCAGGAUAAAGCCAACUGUUCUGAUAAAGCCAUUUUCAUACUGCUAAAUGUAACACGAAGGGUUUACAAGAAGUAAGCGACACACAUUAAAAAUGAUCAAACAAGUAAAGAGACAAACAAUUAUUGAUAAGACCAUGGAGACUUGAGGGAUAAAGAAAUCAAUCCGAGGUGAAGAGGAACUGUGGAACAAUAAAUAUGUAACUUGAACAUGUAACACUGGAGGUGCACAUAUUAUUACAUGAAGUGAAACAAAAUGCAAAUUAACAUUUAAAGUCAUAGAGAGUAAAGUUUAAAAGCAUACAUGCUAAACAAUGCAGAAAUAUAAAAAUAAUAAAAAACAGAAUUAUAAAAAAACCCCCAAAUGACUAUAUUUGCCAAGAUUAGUGACUUAAAUAUUAUUAAAAAUAUAUCUAUUAAUGAAAAGUUGCUAAAAUUGUUCAUAGCUAAAAUUGAGAUGAUAUAACAAACCAUAAGAUAACAAAUAGAUAUGACAUUUAAAUAAAAGCAAGGUUAAUUAGCUAAAAAAAAAAAAACCUGCUAAAACAUAUUUAAAAGACAAACUAACAGUUUUGGAUGGGCCUAAUUAAAGUCUGCACUCACAUUAAGUGAGGGUCCUGGCCAUUUAUGCUUGAAAAACGUUUCAAUGUGGCUGAAUUAAACUAAAACUUUGUGCCAGUUAUCACAAGCGCUUCCUGGCAGUUGUUGCAGGUUGGGUACUUUUAAAUAAUCUUUAGAAAACAAUAUUUUGUAUUUAGUCAGGUUAUGUUUGUCUGAAAUUUUAAUUUGUUGAUCUGAAACAACAAAAAAGUCAUAAGGAAUAUGUAAUCUAGCAAAUAACUACUCCUUUCGGAGAUGCAAUUUGCUGUUACUUUUAGAAAAGACGUCAACUCCUACUUUUUUUUUUAGCAGGUGUUUUUCAUGUUUGUACUUUAUCCUGAUGUAAAUUAUCCAUAUCUGGUAACUUGUUUUCUCUCUUUGUUCUCUUCACAGUUAUAUAAGAGUUCCUGUGUUUGGCUUCAGAUCUGGGGACAGAUAUAUAUUUUUUUUAUUAAACUUUUAUUCUUAAAACCAUUUGAGCGAAAGUGAUUAUUCCUGCAGUUUGCUGACUUUGUAGUCAAACAGGAUGUUUCAUCAGCAUGGGAUGACUUACCACUGAUUCUGUGACCCACUGUAUUUCUUCAGUAAUGCCCUGUGUGGAAAUCUCCUAAACUACACAUAGCAGCAUCUACAUUCGCUGCUGCUCUGGUCAUAUCGGCAAAAUCAUGAUUAUGUGUACAGCCAUCAAAAAGGUUUCACGAAGGUGCAAAUAUGCUGUUCUGAUUGGUCUCUUGUUGUCAGUGCUGGCUUGGAAAGCCAGUUUCACUGGGGACAGAAACGGGACCAUUGAUGAUAACUUUGCUACACCACAAACUCCUGUAAAAGAAGACAAACUGACGGAUGAAUUCAACUCAAGGAUCACAGAACCCAGUCACUCAAAUAUUUCAGCAGAAAAAGAUGAGUGUCCAGAGGAGUCUCCAUUGCUAGUGGGAGCUUCGAAGCUGACCUUUGAAUCUUCGCUGAGCCUCAAGGAUGUGGAGAAGGAAAACAAAGCAGUGACUGAAGGAGAGUAUGAGCCCUCAGACUGUACAGCAAGGCACAACGUAGCCAUCCUCAUUCCACAUCGUAACCGGGAGAGACACCUCCUCUACCUCCUGCACCACCUGCACCCCUUUCUGCAGCGGCAGCAGCUGCACUACGCCAUCUACGUCAUCCAUCAGGCCGGUGAUGCAACUUUUAACAGAGCGAAGUUACUUAAUGUUGGAUAUUUGGAGGCAAUAAAAGACUUUAGCUGGGAAUGCUUCAUCUUCCAUGAUGUGGACCUGGUUCCCGAGAAUGAUCACAACUUGUACAUCUGUGACCAGCAGCCCAAACACCUGGUCGUCGGCCGCAAUGUCACCGGAUACAAACUCCGUUACAAAGGCUACUUUGGCGGAGUCACUGCCAUGACCAAAGACCAGUUUUUUCAAGUAAAUGGUUUCUCAAACAACUACUGGGGAUGGGGUGGAGAAGAUGACGACCUUAGAGUGAGAGUCGAACAGCAAAAAAUGAAAAUUGUGCGUCCCCCUGCUAGCGUAGCGCGCUACACCAUGGUGUUUCACAAACGAGACACUGGAAAUCAGGUUAACAAAAACAGGAUGAGGUUAUUAGGACAAACGACAAAGAAGUGGAGAGUUGAUGGACUCAACAGCUGCGUAUAUGACACUUUAUCAGUCGGGAGGUAUCCUCUCUAUGUGAAUAUCACAGUUAACAUUGGUCAACCUCAGAGCUGAGGACUCUGGAAGAAAACAAGUCCUUGUUUGUCCAGACAUGAUUUUCAGCUCAGGCCACAUCAAGGUAAUGAAUUUCAUCAAAGGGCCGUUGCAGAAUGCAUUAAUAAAAACUAGCUAUUAACAAAAGAGUUUAAAUAAUAUGGCUUGACAUGAUGCCAAGGCACAUUGCGACCGCCAAUAGGUUAGUUACUGACAAACCCGCUGGAUGUAGGGUAAUGUCAGUCCUUCUUAAAAUUAAUUCAUAUUCAACAAUUCUUCACAUUGAUGUAAUUUGGCACUAAAAACGAAUUUGAUUUGACCGGUAAAAUAAUAUUUAAGCACACAACCGGUAUCUUGAAGUUCUGUUUAUGUCGCCCUAUAGAGACUUGAGAGCCACAUAAACAGAUGUGGCGGGCCAGAUUUGGUCCCCGGGCCUUGAGUUUGACACCCAUUAUUUUCUAUGAAGUGGAGACCACCGUGUGCUGAAAGGUUAUUAGAUCACUGACAAACUGAAUUCUCUUUGGUGAGAUGAUAUUCCAGAUAUUUAACACAGUUUUGCAUAUCAUUCCAUGUCUUCAUUUAUUGAAGACUACAUUCAUUCCUGUAGUUUAAAAAAAAUAUUUUUUCUAUACCGUUGUUACCUGUCAGACACUGAUUAAUUCACACUCAUGCCUUAUUAUUUGCCUGCCUCUCCACCACUUUAUACUGACUCGGUCCUUGAUUUGGCACCUGAUAAACAAUGAUUGGUUGUUGUAUGACCUAACAAAGUCAUAAUCUGUUGAUCUUGUAAUGAGAUGCUGAAUAGGUUCCAGGAUGCAGGUUAUCUUAGAGAGAGAGAGAUUACAUAGUGAGGCCAGCAGAGGUGAACAUUACCUAACAAUGUCUUAAUAAGGAGGAAUUUAUACUAUUGAUUUUUUGCACAUGAAGUACUUCAAAUGUAAGCGGAUCGUUUGCAGUGCUAAGCAAAGGUAAGGAUAUCCUUGAAUCUUUUUUUUUAUUAUUAUUUUCUCAAGUGACAAGCACAAAGUUGAAAGAUUUUUGGGAGGAUUUUUUGUGACGGAACAACACAAAGUCAUGCAUUAUUCAGAAGUGGAAUGAUUGUCAAAGUACUUUGCAAAUUGUGUAAUUACAUUUAUAUUCCCUGCAUAAUUACUUGGUCAAACAAAAUUUUUGCUGACGCUGGAGCUUCAAAGUUUCCUGUCUCUACUCAAUAGAAAAUCUAAUUUUUUAAAAAUUAUUUCAAUUUCUUAAUAAUGCUGUACUCUUAUUUUGUCCCACAUAAAAUCCAAAUAAGAUACUUUUUAUUAUAACACAACAAGCUUAUAUUACUAGAAGGGUAUCAAUGCUUUUGUGAGGCCCUGUGUUGGGACCGCUUUUCAAUUCCAGACUGAUCACAUCAUAUCUCCAGCAGGAUCAGUUUAUAUUGUUUAGCUAGUUUUAUUGGAAAUAGUACAGGUCUGAGAAAACCCAUUAGCUUGUUCAGAGCCCAUCCAACUGAUGAAGAACUAAAUAUGAUCACUUUGGUUACAGAUGAAGGAUUCAGAUUUGUAUCAGUUUGACUGCAAAUGACAAACAAAACCUCUUCUUCCAGGAUGGAAAAAACAAACUUAGGCUACAAAUACAGUAACAUCAAUAUACUGCUGUUAGUAUGAAGUCAGAAGUGCAGUAGGAGAUGGUAUGAUGGUUUUAAGUGGUAGAUUUGUUCCUUUUUAAAGGUAGUCUCAUAGUGACACUGAUGUUUUUUACUUUGAAAUUUGUCUUAUACUUAUGGUAUAAUUUAAGGUUACAAUGACAUUGCAAAUUUUAUCACUCCAAAGUCAUUUUUAGUUAUAUUUGUACUUCUAUUGCAUUAGUAAAAGAAAAAAAAAACUGCUUUAGUAACUUAAGUGAUGAUUACAAUCAUAGGAAGUUUCUAUAGGAAGCGAGUUUAAUGAGCCAAAAUUAUUUUCUUUGUAAAAUAAUUUUUUUUGUUGUAAUUUUAAAGCCUUAUAUGCUUUGUUUCAUGUGGGACUUACUAAUAGGUGACGGAUUGUAUAUCACUUUGUAACAUUAUAAAAAAUAAUGUUUUUUAUAUUUGCUUCAUAAUUGAAGCAAAUAUGAAGGAAAAUCUUCAUAUUUGCUUCAAUUGUAGCAUGUUUCUGACAUAUAUCAAAUUAUUUGAAUGAUUUUUGUUCUUCUUAUUAUUUUUAUAUCAUUUUGGGACAUGGGGUGCUUUCAAUUUCUUUUUUUGAAAAUGAAAAGUGUGCCCAUGCCAGCACUGUCACUGUUAACAGGUCACUCCUUGUAUGUUUUUGUGUCAGAAUCGCCAAAGGUUGCUUCUCCUUAAGGAAGCAUUUAUGUACGAGAAACAAUUUUGCACACCUGAUAAAUUGGCAGUACGCUGUAGUACUAGUAGUUUACAACAUAUUUUAAACACUAAAUGUGUUUUUUUAUUAUAUUACUUUUUUUAUCUCUCCUUAAUGAAUUACAUUUUGGUUUUUUUUGGGUGGUAGAAUGAAUAUGUAGACCGGUAAAAAAAACAUUUAGUUUUAAAACAACUCAGCUGACAUUUUAAAGUUUAAAGCAAUACCAUUUUAACUCUUGAAGAAUGUCACUUGACCAGUUUUAUUUAAAAAGCUUUUUCUUUUUUUUUUUUUGGGGUGGAUGUGUCAAAAGUGAUACUAUUGUUAUGUUGAGCCUUUUUUGUAUCUUUAGGUUUUUACAAGCUUAUAAUAAAAAUAGUUUAUCUAAUUGA